CCGGGCCCAGUUCCUCCGCUUUCUGUCCGAUAUCGAAUUACAGCGAUGGCUUCGCCGCCGACUUCAUCUCUCCAUCUCCAACCCUAUCCUUCUAUAAAUAUUUCAUGGCCUUGGGCCCUCUGCGCUUUCUAAAUCGGCGCCUCCUUCUCUUCCAUAGCUCUGGCCCAUCCCCAAACCUUACCCUAGCUUUUUCCGGCCUGCAUCGGAUCUCCGGCGAGAAGCCUCGUCGACCUUCCGCCACCACAGCCGAAGCACUGGCGCACAGGAUCGGGAAGGCCGUUCGGCGGCCCGGCGCUGCCUCUAAGGCGAGGGUUUAUGCCGACGUCAACGUUGCCCGGCCCAAGGAGUACUGGGAUUAUGAAUCUGUUACCGUUCAGUGGGGGGAUCAGGAGGAGUACGAAGUUGUUCGGAAGGUUGGGAGAGGGAAAUACAGCGAGGUUUUCGAGGGGGUACACUGCACGGACAGCCAGCCCUGCAUUAUUAAGAUACUAAAGCCCGUGAAGAAGAAGAAGAUAAAGCGGGAGAUAAAGAUAUUGCAGAACCUUUGUGGCGGACCAAAUAUUAUUAAGUUAUUGGACAUUGUCAGAGAUCAACAGUCUAAGACACCCAGUCUCAUAUUUGAGUAUGUCAAUAAUAAUGAUUUCAGAGUGCUCUAUCCAACUUUAACAGACUACGAUACACGAUACUACAUAUAUGAACUUUUGAAGGCCCUUGAACAUUGUCACUCUCAAGGCAUCAUGCACCGAGAUGUCAAGCCUCAUAAUGUCAUGAUUGAUCACGAACAACGAAAACUUCGUCUUAUUGAUUGGGGUUUAGCAGAGUUCUAUCAUCCUGGGAAGGAGUACAAUGUCAGAGUUGCUUCGAGGUAUUUCAAGGGGCCAGAACUGCUUGUGGAUUUGCAAGACUAUGAUUAUUCAUUGGAUAUGUGGAGCCUUGGAUGUAUGUUUGCUGGGAUGAUAUUUCGCAAGGAACCAUUCUUUUAUGGGCAUGAUAACUAUGAUCAGCUGGUAAAAAUUGCAAAGGUGCUUGGAACUGAAGAAUUGAGUUCUUAUCUUAACAAAUAUCGUCUGGAGCUUGACCCACAGCUUUCAGCACUUGUUGGAAGACAUAGCAGAAAGCCAUGGGCAAGGUUUAUUAAUGAUGAUAACCAGAAUGUUGCCGUCCCUGAGGCUGUUGACUUCUUGGACAAAUUGCUCCGCUAUGAUCACCAGGAGAGACUAACUGCUAAAGAAGCAAUGGCUCAUCCUUAUUUCAAUCCAAUGAAGAGUGCUGAAAGCAGCAGGAAUAGAGCUUAGUUGCUCAAAUUCAUUUAUUGUUGACUGCGUGCAUUGUUGCGAGGACUAUAUCUUCCCAUCCCUGCAUCAUUCGUGGUUUAGUCUCCCUAUCCGCUUUCUCAUCUAAAUAUAAUAUAUCUAUAUGGUGGGUCAGGUUCAUCAUUUUCUUUCCUCAUUGAAUUAGAUGGAUAUCUGGGAUGGGCUAUGUUUGUGUUAGUCUUGAGGUCUAUUACAUAAGGAACAAUAUCUUAAACCUUUUAUCUUUUCUUUUCCUGCAAGUUUCGAAAAGGCUUGUUUAGUUUGAUUUGAAGCUAUACUUUAUGAAGGUUAAAAAUGCUUUAAACAGAUUUUAUAGGAGGAGAAGUAGCACUCCUCAGUCUUCUAAUUUACGAUUUUAUUUUCGGUCGUAUGAGUUGUUUUUUUUAA